AUGGCGCCGACCCAUUCGAAAAAGCGCAAGGUCCUUGAUGGUCUCCAGGGGAAGACCUCUCGUUCCAAAAAACCCCGCAAGCAGAUUCAGUACCACAGCAGCUCCGAAGACGACCUCGACGACAACGAAGGUGGUUUCAACGCUGUCAAUCUCGCAGAUUCAGACGAAGAGGACAAUGAAGGAGUUGCCGUGACAAAGCUGUCAGCAUCCAAACCAGCGCCCAAGAAGAAAAAUACAAAUGAAGCCUCAGCACCACCCCAACAAUCUGACUCCGACGAAGAGGCUAGCGACGAGGAAGUCGAAGACCAAGAUGAAGACGAAGAAGUCAACGAUGGUGACGAGGCUGCAGGUUCUGAAGAAGAUGGUCUUUCCGACUCAUCUCUGUCGGCAACCGAAGCCAGUCGCAGAUCCGUUCCUAAGCGCAACGACCCCACCGCAUUCUCAACUUCUAUCUCCAAGAUUCUAUCGACCAAACUGCCUACGUCGGCCCGAGCGGACCCUGUCCUAUCGCGCAGUAAGACCGCGGCGCAGACCUCAAGUGAUUUUGCCGACCAGAAGCUCGACAAGCAAGCGCGGGCCAAAUUGCGCGCGGAGAAAAAAGAAGAGCUGGAUCGCGGCCGUGUCCGCGAUGUAAUGGGAAUUCAAAGAGGAGUCGCUGGCCCCGUGGGUGAGGAGGAGAAGCGAUUGCGCAAGAUGGCGCAGCGCGGUGUGGUGAAGCUCUUCAAUGCGGUGCGCGCGGCGCAAGUCCGUGGUGAGGAGGCGGCCAAGGACGAACGGCAGAAGGGGACAGUUGGGAUGGGAGAGCGGGAAAAGGCCUCGAAUGAAGUCAGCAAGCAGGGAUUCCUUGAAUUGAUCAACGGAAAGAAGGGAAAGCCGUUGAAUAUCGAAGAGGCCUAA